AGUGAAAAGUACACCAUAAUCUCAUCCGACAAAAUGCCUCCAAUGCUGUACCGCAAAAUGUGGGAUGACGCCCCGAACAAAUCCCAUCUUCCGGAUCAGCACUUCGGUCAGGUCGUAAGCACCGACGAUCUGGUGGAUGCCCUGGCAGCGCACCAACUUCGCAGAAGACAACAUGGCGUCUAUAAUCGGCCAUGGCAUCACAGUGGCGCCAUCCGAGACACAGGAUCCAACGUGCACGCAGCGGAUGACAAAUUCGAAAUUAACCUGGAUGUGGCCCAAUUCAAACCAGAAGAAGUUUCGGUGAAGCUCUCCGGCCAUUGUAUCACCGUCGAGGGCAAACACGAAGAGAAGGAAGACGAUCACGGAGUGGUGAUGAGACAGUUCGUUCGACGGUACACGGUUCCAGAGGGACACGAUCUGGAUCGGAUCGGAUCGUCCCUGUCAUCGGAUGGUGUGCUUACUGUUACAGUUCAAAAGACGACAGCUGCCGAGCCUCAGGCCCUGCGCGAUAUUCCAGUUGUGCAGACGGGAGAGCCUGCGCAUCUGACGAGCGAUAGGCACAUGAUUCGUAACGGAAAUGGCGUCUCAUAGAAAGGUUUUCAACUAAUUUUGAAGAUUUAAAAAUUGUCAAUACAAAAUGUUGCAAGCUUGAAAA